GGCUAAAACAGCGACGCGGCGCGUGUCACCAAGCAUUUCACUCUCAUGUUCUUUGCCUGUGUGUUCCAGGGAUUGCUAGAGACGCUUCACAUCGCGGAUAUUCAUAGCAUCGCUGCGCAAAUGAGUUAAAAGAGAGUGCAAGCAAACAGAAUAACGAGCAGAGACCAAACAAGAGAGAUCUUCUCGGUACUGUUUGCAUUUAUACUGUCGUCAUGUAAUGAAGUAGCUGCUUUUGUGGAUGAAUAAGGGCUAGCAAGCGGGUAGCGAGCGCCGCAGUGUGGAACAAGGACAAGCGACGGGCUUCCGCUGUACUGUGCCCACUUGAAGGUUCUUCCAAGUGCAAUAAAACACACUAUAUUGGCCAGGAUUCUGUGAUGUACAUCAUUGUCUACCAGAGAAUUCAUACGGCACAGCUUUUAUUGAAUUGCUUGAGGAGAAGCAGUGUGUUUAGAGUAGCCACCCAGAAAAAGUCUAAGCAGAAGGCUCCAGUUUCCUCUGAGAAGAAGAGCAUUCCCUGGAGAUGUCUCGGCAUCACAACCGCUUUGAGAGAGAUUAUCGCAGUCUUUGGGAUCGAAGGGAACGCUGUGCCACCGUAAAUAAUGGAAUCAGCAGCAGCAGCACAGGCGGCAGCAACAACUGCAUAAUCACCAGCAGUGGUGCCAGCGGCAACCGUCCCGGACUGCUGCCUUUGCCAGUCAUCCCUUCCCUGCUUACAUCGCCUGCCUCCAUUGCCAGCACUACUACAAGUAAUGAUCUAGCAUCAAACCGGAUGGGCAGCUCCUCCACCACAUCCACAGCCAAGGUAUCUGGCAUGUCGCCAGGGGAAAGCCAGUCCCAGGGCCCGAUCCUGGCUCCUUCUGUACGGUGGGGGCAAACUCCAGUCAACCAGUCCACACCCUGGGAGACAGAUGAGCCACCAGUUAAACAGAUGAGAGAAAAUGAAAGCACAGGCUCUACACCUUGGGUGCCACCAGUUGCUACAGUCAGCCAAGCCAGCCUUUUAGCUCACACAUAUGGAAUGGCACAGCCUUCAAUCUAUACCCCAGCUGUGAAUGUCCAAGCGCCUGUUAUUGCAGUAUCACCUAUCCAAACUCCUGUGCCACCACAACACCCAUUGAUGGCCGCACAUUAUCAGCUUCCACAACAGCCUUCACAGCCUCUCACUAACAUGGUCAUGAAUAUGCCAAGUCAGCCUCUUUACACAAACAGUCAGCCACCAAUCACUAUGUCCCCAUUGACUGGGGUCAGUCAGGUGACCCACCCUGUGCACCCUGUGGUAGGGAACGGUCACAUGACUCACCCUAUAUUUCAGCCUCCGCAUUUGCCUUCUGCUGCUUUGCCCAGUAGUGCACCAUUGACCAAUGGGCAGACUACUGCUCAGCCUCCUGCCACUCCACCAGCCAAUCAAGAAAGUACAAAUGGGCUGCAGAUGUUACGGACUGUUGGCAUGGGAAAGUACGAGUUUACAGAUCCCUGGCAUCCGAAAGAAAUGUUGCAGCAGUUGAACCAGCAGCGCAGAGCGAAAGAGUUUACAGACCUGAAAAUUAUUGUUGAAGGCAAAGAGUUUGAAGUCCAUCAAAAUGUUCUAGCUUCCUGCAGCUUGUAUUUCAAGGACCUGGUCAAAAGGUCCUCUAGUGAGAGCAGAAAUGGUGAGAAGCUGGAGCUGUCCAUGGAAAACAUCAGCGCCGAGGUCCUGGAGCUCCUGCUGGAGUUUGUCUAUACAGGCUCCCUGAUCAUCGACUCUGCUAACGCCAAAACUCUGCUGGAGGCUGCCAACAAGUUUCAGUUCAACACCUUCUGCAAAGUCUGUGUGUCUUUCUUAGAGAAACAGCUGACAGCCAGUAAUUGUCUCGGAGUGUUGGCCAUGGCUGAAGCAAUGCAGUGCACUGAACUUCACAAUAUGGCCAAAGCAUUUGCUCUCCAGAAUUUUCCUGAAGUGGCAGGGCAGGAGGAAAUUCUGAAUAUUUCCAAAGACGAUUUCAUCAGCUAUAUGUCUAAUGACAGUCUGAACACCAAAGCAGAGGAGCUUGUAUAUGAAACUGUGAUCAAAUGGAUAAAGAGGGAUCCAGUGAACAGAGUGCAGCAUGCUUCAGAGCUACUGGCUGUUGUACGCUUGCCUUUCAUCCACCCCAGUUACCUUUUAAAUGUUGUUGACAACGAGGAGCUGAUAAAGUCUUCAGAGGCUUGUCGGGACCUGGUCAAUGAAGCGAAGCGCUAUCACAUGCUGCCUCAUGCUCGACAGGAGAUGCAGACACCAAGGACACGUCCAAGGCUGUCAGCAGGUGUAGCAGAGGUGAUUGUUCUGGUUGGAGGUCGGCAGAUAAUUGGAAUGAAUCAGCGAGCCUUGACGGCAGUCACCUGCUUUAAUCCACAAACCAACAAGUGGUACCCGUUAGCCAGCCUGCCCUUCUAUGACAGAGAGUUUUUUAGUGUCAUCUCUGCGGGGGACAACAUCUAUCUGUCAGGUGGCAUGGAGUCUGGAGUCACACUUGCUGAUGUCUGGUGCUACAUGUCGCUGCUUGAUAACUGGAAUCUUGUAUCUCGAAUGACUGUCCCACGGUGUCGGCACAACAGUCUGGUCUUGGAUGGAAAGCUCUACACAAUAGGAGGACUUGGUGUCGCUGGAAAUUUGGACCAUGUUGAAAGGUAUGACACAAUCACUAACCAAUGGGAGACAGUGUCACCGCUUCCUAAACCUGUGCAUUCUGCAGCAGCCACUGUAUGUGGCGGAAAAAUCUACGUGUUCGGUGGUGUGAAUGAUGCCGGGCGACCUGCAGGGGUUUUGCAGUCUUAUAUCCCUCAGACAAACACGUGGAGUUUCAUUGAAUCUCCCAUGAUAGAUAACAAGUAUGCUCCAGCUGUCACACUGAAUGGCUUCAUUUUCAUCCUUGGAGGAGCUUACGCCAGAGCAACUACUAUCUACGAUCCAGACAAAGGCAAUAUCAAAGCAGGUCCCAACAUGAACCACUCCAGGCAAUUCUGCAGUGCGGCUGUCCUGGAUGGCAAGAUCUAUGCUACAGGAGGAAUCGUCAGCAGUGAAGGACCAGCUUUGGGCAAUAUGGAGACCUUCGACCCCUGCACAAACAUCUGGACGCUACUACAAAGCAUGCCGUGUCCUGUAUUCCGACAUGGCUGUGUAGUGAUUAAAAAAUACAUUCAGAGCGGUUGACAGCAGGGGCCUCCCGCAUUUCGAUGGCCUGCCUUAGGAUCGCUCCUGUAAAAACCCCAACUGAACACUUUGUCUCUGAAUACUGGUCUACAUGGAAUGUAGAAGUGGAUCUUCACCAGCUGGUGAGGUGGGGUGAUGACGCUCACCCGUGUAACAUAGCAUAACUUAUUGGACCGUCAGCUGUGCCACUAAAUGGCCAAGUGGCACGUUUUGCUAACGCUAGGCUGGUAGCUUGACCCCGAUGAAACAGGCCUGCUGGUUUCCUUUGAAACAGAUUCUAAUUCCUGGUGCGGGCAAGAGAACCUUUCAUCUUUUCAGACAAGUCAAAUAAGCUUUUAUUUAUUUGAACACAUUAUUAUAAUGUGUUUCUCAACAGCAGGAAUACUGUACUCAUAUGAAGAACAUCAAAACAAAAGGUCUGAACAUCAAGAGGGAAAUUUAAGCCAAGUGUUUGCUUUCUGUUUGGCCCUGGCGAUGUUUCAUUAGAGCUGCUGGUGCAUUUCCAGGGUGCCUCUUUCAAGCGCUUCCUUUAACUGAUGCUGUAACUGACAAGCUACGAGGAUGGCCAUGGAAGGAGGAGGAGGAGGAAGAGGAGGAGGAGGAUUCUUCCAGAGGCUGGGGAUUGUGCUGACCGCAGUAGAGUACUCGUUGUUUUUAAAUCCAAUGUGUGGGAUGGGGACUGGAAAUGCACUAAAGAAAGGAAUCCAAACAGCCACUUCUUGCUGUAUCCAGAGCACAAAAUGAAGAAAAAAUACUAGAAAAGAACUUUAUUUUUUGGUUAUCUAUAUAAAUAUAUCUAUUUUUCUUUUUUCAAGGCUGAAACUAAGAAGGAAAAAACAACAGGAGUACCGUACUGUAAUCAAUAGGAGUGGAAUUCAUGAAAAUGAAGAAAAUGUUUAUUUUAAGAAAUUGCAUUUGAUGAUCUAUAAAUGUUUUUUAGAAAAAAAAAAGUAUAAAAAAUACAAACAAGGUUGUGGUAAACAAAGUCUUCACUUUCUAAACAGUCCGGUACCAAAAUGACAAAUCGUAAUAAAAGGCAGACAUGUAAUAACAGGGUUUACUUAACGGCAUAGCUCGAGGUUUUUACGAGAGGAGAGCCUCUGGACCGUAACCAUGCUGAGAAGCUUUCCCUCCUUCUGCCAUCUUUGGGGCACUGAGUGGAGGCUGCCAUGCUGUGCCAGUUUUGCUGAUGGUGUACAACCCACUGCCCUCCCUCUCAUACAGCAGUCAUUUGACCUGGAAGGCUUUUCUUGAUUUUCUUUAUACAUUGUGUGUGUAUGUGUGUGUGUGUGUGUAUUUCAUUUUUUUCCCUUUCUUAAUAAUGUACACAAUCAGUAACUGUUCUGCACAACCUUUACCAAUGGAUUCCCAGAAUUCAAUGACAUAUUUGGGACAGUUGGAGAGUUUAAUUUAUUUUUCACCCUCUCACGACUCUGGAGUUGUGUUUGGACCCUCACUUUGUAUUUUUUUUUUUAAGCCAUAACACUUCGCCCAGUUGGUGUGUUCGCCCGUCUCACUGCGCACACAAACACACCCUGACCUGGAGCCAGAAGUGAUGCACACGUACAGCGACUAAGCCGAUGCUGUGGCGUAUGUAUGGGGCAGCUACAGCCACCACCGACCUACGGCUAACUGAAGAGCUGGAAGGUGUUCAGGGGCAGCUUUCAGUCCAGUCUCGAAUACAGAAGUGCCACUGUGUAUGCUUCAAUAAAAAAAUAAAAGGAACAGUAUUUUCAGCAAUAACUGCUUUUACAGAGUGUGACAUAAAACCCCCAAGGAGGUGAAAUGAUCAGACUUGAGGUCUAUUUAGUAAUCGGCUAGUGGAGCAGUGGCGGGGGGGACUGUUUUGAAAAUGGGACUUGCAAAGAAAGAGAAGUGGCGACCCUCUCAGUGCUAUUUCAGGCAAAGCUCCUUGUCAUAUUGUGUAACUAGAUGAUUAAAUAUGGCUGUCAGAUAUAUACCAACUUUGAUAAUCAAUAAAUAUUUGGUACAGUCAUUUUAGAAACAA